GCCGCGCAACCUCGCUCUCGCUCCAGUUGAGAAGCACCAAAAGAGGCGAAUUGAAAUGGAGACCAAUGAUCAUCCCAGUGCUGGUCGUGUUGAUAGUUUUUUGAAGUAUAUUCUUCCCUUAAAAAGAGACCAAAACAUGUCAAAAAAUACUGCCCUGGAAACCUCAUAAAUACUAUGGUGUGAAGAUCCGUCUGCUCCGAACAUAUAGUUACCUUCACACACCUUAGGAACGUUUGAUAAAGGACAGCAGGUCUUGCUAUGUCUCUGGCUGGUCCAGCAGAGCCAAGUAUAGAUGAGCACCUCCCCAGUGUGGCCUUAGGACCCAGGAGGAGGUCUGCCGAUUGCGCGGGAACCCUGGGCACAGGCGACUGUUCAAGAGGCAGCCCCAGUCACGCCUCUGAUAGGAGCGUGGAUUAUAGCAGAUCGCAGUGUUCCUGCAGAAGUUUAAGCUCUUGCUGUGAUUAUUCAGAAGACUUUCUCUCUGAAGGUUCUGAAACAGCUCUUCACAGAAAUUACUCAGAAAACCCAAUGAUAAAAGAGAAAAAGGAUGAGAAGAAAGAGUAUAAUGUCUCUAAGGUCUCCCAACCUAAAGUUAACAGGUGGCCUCCUUACUUGGAUUUCACUGGCUUCCUGCCUUUCAUCUCCACUGAAGAGUCAAAGUUUGAAUUGCCAAUGAAAUGUAAAUACGUGUCUCAGCACCCCAAGAGGAUGGUCUCCAAGUCCGGCCAGAAGGGAAUCUCCGUUGAAAAAAGGCACAACCGGAACGCACCACUUUUAAAUUCUCAGAACACUGUUAUUACCCAAAAAAGGGAUGCCAUGACUCAUCGCAUCCUCUCAGCAAGACUCCAGAAGAUUAAGGAGCUGAAAAAUGAACUAUGUGAUAUACAUCGUAAAUUAGAAGCCACAGUCAUAGAAAACCAAUUUCUGAAACAUCUUCAGCUUAGACACUUGAAAGCUAUAGGAAAAUAUGAGAAUUCACAGCAUAACCUACCUCAAAUUAUGGUAAAACAUCAGAAUGAAGUCAAAAAUUUAAGGCAACUCCUUAGGAAAUCCCAGGAAAAGGAAAGAAGCGCCUCGAGGAAACUUCGAGAAGCCGACUGUGAGCUGCUUAAGACUAAAGACUCCUUGCAGGCAUUGCAGAGACUUUCUGAAGACAAAAAUCUUGCAGAGAGGGAAGAACUCACUCAAAGAUUGUCUGUUCUCACAACAAAAAUGGAGGCAAAUGACAAAAAAAUACAGAGCUUGGAGAAAAAAUUGAGGCUGAACAACAGAGUCUUUAAUCGGCAGCUGGCCAUUGAGAACCGGAAGACGUUAGCAGCCCAGGCAGCUACAAAGACUCUGCAAAUGGAAAUAAAACACCUUCAACAAAAACUUAAGGAGAAAGAUCGAGAGCUUGAAAUUAGGAACAUCUAUGCAAGUCGGAUACUCAAAAAUUUACAUGACAAAGAAGAUUAUCCAACAGUUUCUUCAACAAAAUCCGUACAAGCAGACCGGAGAAGUGUUUUGUUCACAAGCAUGAAACACCAGGAAACCCAAAAAUCGGAAGAUGUCCCAUCUCUGACAACUAAGGGUAAAAAGACAACCAGAAACGUUGGUCACAAAGAAAAAUCCACUGAAAUGCCUCGUGUGGUUCCUCCCUGUACCAGCAAACUACCAAACCCACAGGAGUCCAAGAGAAAAUGUGAAGAUUUACCGAAGGAAGAGGACCGCGUGGAAGUACAAGCACAUCCCGAGGACGCUGAGAGGCAGAGGGAGAAAAAAGAGGCUCACGAGCACAAAACCACGCUAGUGAGGGAAGAACCGGAAGUGCCGCCACACAGAGUCCCAGAGACUCACCCCGACGGCGAGGACCCGUGGGAAGACGACGCGGGGACGGGAAGGUUCGGCGGCCUACAGAUCGGCGGCGCCGGGGAGGGGCCCAAGGAGAGCACAGCUGCCAACGUCAAACUGCCCUGCCGGCAGCGAAAGCACUACUCGUUCACGGAGGCCACUGAAAACCUGCAUCUGGGCCUUCCCGCGUCCGGGGGGCCGGCUGGCGCAGGCAGGGCCCGGGGGCUCGAGGAGGGACCGAAGCCAGAACGUUCCGGGAGCGGGUAUGAGCCCUCUUUCAGCAAGUCGUCCCGACCGAAAGCAAAAGACGCCUUCAGGGAGAAGAAAAGCAGCCUCAUGGAGGAACUGUUUGGGUCGGGCUAUGCCCUUCAACAUGACCCGACUGGCAUGGCUGUCCCCAGAGGGGCCGAGGGGGCACCAGAAGGUAAGACGCCGCCCCGGCCGCCUCCCGGCCAGGCCUCCGCCAGCAACGCUUUUGGAGAUUCUAAAGUCACUGUGGCAAACUCCAUCAAGUCGUCUUCGCCGACCGAGGGGCAAAGGAAAAUAAUUCUUUAAAUAUAAGCAAUAUCCUAAUACAUUCUGAUUGGAUA